GAGAGGUCCUGCGAUCCGGGGAGCGCUUCUGGGCCCGCGGGGAAUUUGCCUGAGCGUGUCUUAAGCUUCGCCCGUCAUCUCCCCUGUCUGCUGUCCCCCCUACCUGAUCUACCCACUCGCCCAGUAUGUCGCCCGUCUUGACACCCAGGUCCAGCCUUAGGGCGAGGGGCGAUCAGAUGUCACCCGGCGCGAUUGCUGGGACGGUUAUCGGCUGUGUUUUCGGAGGGAGCCUGCUACUCAUAGUCGUGGGCUUUCUCUACUUCCGGUAUAGGCGAAUAUCCAGGGAAGCUAGGGCCAAGACAGGCAUCUUGCCAACCGCGAAGACUUUCGUCAACCAACAUAGGACUUCGCCCUUCGCCCUCCCAGGCUUCCUUUCUAGACAAACCCCUGCCGCGACGCUGCCGGGCGGUCACCCUUCUUCAACGAAGGAAACAACUGGGUCUGAUAGAGUCGCUCCCGAUUUCGAGAACGGCCUGGGAUCUCAGCAAUUGCCAGCGCGUAUUUAUGGGAGUGAUUUCGCGAGGGAUCAUGAAGCCUAUUACUUGCAGCCUAACUUUGGUCAGCCGACGCUACCACCAGACAUUGAUUUCUCCUUGCCACCACAGCCGACAGCCUUUUCAAACACAGACGGGCCUGGGACCAAUCUGCCUUUCGACCAUGCUUCCCCACCAACUGCUGCUGCAAAUUCGAGUUAUUACGAUACCAGGAUAUCGAUGGGCUCGGCCCCCGAGCAGGCACCGAUGCCACCGUCUGGCCAGAUGACUGAGCUGUACGAAGCGCAGCUCAAAGAUUCGCGGGAGCGUCGAAAGAGGAGCGGGUCGCUGACCAGCCGAAUCUGGAGCAGCAUUAAGAGGAAGCGAUCUACGCAUUCCUCCGCCCACGACAACAACAGCCCUCUGCGUACCGGAUCGCAGCAGUUCUUUCCCGCCUCGCCUGUCCAGAGUCCCGUGGGCGCCAAGCAGGAAUCUAGCUUAGAACUAACGGGAGGAGCCGAUGCGCAAGCGAGUGCCCGCACCCAACGGUUUUUCGAAGAACCUGGGGAGAUGUCUGAGAGCACGGGUGUUUUGGGCGCUGCGGUGGGUAAGAGCUGGUCUGAGAAAGACCGGCAGCAUGAUAAUUAUAAGAGGCAGAGACGGGAUGAUUCACUGUAUGAGUCUUUCCCCCUGCGGACUAGCUCGAGCAUACGGGAAACGACCGAGAGAGAUCCCGAGCUCCCUUCAGCUGUCCUAAGGAGCCCGGACUCCACUGACGGGUUGCCUCACCUAGCUCAGCCACAAUCCGAAGCCCGUCCCCAGGGACGACUUAUGAGCCCCGACAUCCCGGAGCCCAUGGAACUCGAUGGGACAUUUGAAGACCCUCAUCGGCCCUCCGUCUUCCAAGGUUCUCACUCUCCUCCUCUCCAACCGGAAGCAUUCGUGUCGCCCAUGUCCAUCAUGCAGCCCUCCAACGCUGCCGAGAAGGCGGCCUAUACCGACUACCAAAUGGAAAACUCGACGUCGCCUCCCCUAUUCUCCACCAGCCCUCCCAGGAUCACCCCCCACCCGCUAGCGUCGGAGCUCCCUGAUACUUCCGCCCAGGAUGACCUAGACGACUUCGAUGCCGACAGCUUCCUCGACAUACCUAGCGACGACGAACCUCGCGGAUCCAGCGAUUCGUACUAUUACACGACUACGCCAGGGCAGAGCUCCACCGAACCCUCUAUGGGUAGGACUCCAGACACCCGAGUCACGGUGUCGCCGUCUCCGUACCCGGUGGCGCACGACCGGACCAAGGCGGAGCCCGAGUCUAGCUCUUCGCCGGAGGGCUCCCGACUUUCACCACAAUCUCCCGGCCACAUCUGCGAGGAAUGUGGGCGAUACUUUGACCAGAUACACAAACUCAACCAUCAUAAGCGCUACCACGACCGCAAACACGAAUGCCCCUACGAAGGUUGCGACAAGCGGUUCGGUACGAAGACGCACCUUGACCGGCACAUCAACGACAAGCACGUCAAGUCGAAGGCGUACCACUGCAUAGAGCCAACGUGCCCAUAUUUCAAGGGCGGUAAGGCAUUUCCCAGAAAGGACAACUGGAGGCGACACAUGGUCAAGAAGCACGGCGCGACGGCAAACGACCUGGAGGCACUAGAUGAGGUUAUGGGGUUGUAGGGCUUCCCUUUUCUCCAGAUGCUGGACGGCCGCAAGCGAGCAACCUCCGCUGGGAAUCUAUUGUUCGGCCUUACCUAUCACAGUACAGAUGAUCCUGUCCUCCGAAGCGAGCAGACCCGACGUCGCUCUCGGGAUGCCUCGGCUCGGAAAACAUUUGACGGGGAGGCACGCGAUGCGUACGAUAGUUC